AUGCAACUUAUCCGCACACAAACCACCGCAUCACCCGCACAUCUAACAUCUGGCUUCUACAAGAUCGAAGCUGGACCAUCCAAACCCGCUUCAUACGACUUCGAAGAGACAAAGUAUGUGCUCAGCGGUCAAAUCGACGUCCUAGACGAGGCAACUGGCAUUACACAUCACCUAGUCGCCGGCGACUUUGCGUUCUUCCAUGUAGGAUCCAAGGUCCAGUUUUCGACCAAGUCAAGUGGUAUAGCGUUCUACGCUGUUACAAGGCCGGUCAGGGUAGCGCAUCCGAAUCUGAGAGGGAGGGAGGAGAAGACAUCGAAGUUGUAA